UUCCUCGGCGAUAACAUCAGCGCUUGUCAGGUGGUUGGAGCGGGUGUGUGUGUGCGCGCGCGCGCGCAAGGAGGAGGACGAGGGGGCGCGCUCACACAAAGUUUGUGCCUGCGGGUUCGCCGCGGUCGGGCGUCCUGGGAGAGGAGGCCGGGGCGGAGGGGCCCGGCAGGGGGUGGUGGCGAUGCGCCGCACCCCGCCGAGCCUGUCCCGCCGCGCUGGGUGAGGCGGCUCCUGGAGUGUGGCCGCGGCCAUGGGCACCCUGGGCAAAGCGAGAGAAGCUCCGCGGAAACCUUCUCAUGGCUGCAGAGCAGCCCCUAAAGCAAGACUAGAGGGGAAGCCCUCCAGCAGUCCCCUCCCCUCCCAUCCCAGCCUGGCCCAGAUCACCCAGUUCCGAAUGAUGGUGUCUCUGGGACAUUUAGCCAAAGGAGCCAGCCUGGACGAUCUCAUCGACAGCUGUGUUCAAUCUUUCGAUGCAGACGGAAACCUGUGUCGAAGUAACCAACUGUUGCAAGUCAUGCUGACCAUGCACCGAAUUCUCAUUUCCUCUGCUGAACUGCUCCAAAAAGUUAUCACUCUCUAUAAGGAUGCCUUGGCAAAGAAUUCACCAGGGCUUUGCCUGAAGAUCUGCUAUUUUGUAAGGUAUUGGAUAACAGAAUUCUGGAUCAUGUUUAAAAUAGAUGCCAGCCUGGCAAGCACUAUGGAAGAGUUUCAGGAACUGGUGAAAGCUAACGGCGAGGAGCUGCACUGCCGCCUGAUUGACACAACUCAAAUAAAUGCCCGUGACUGGUCCAGGAAACUGACUCAAAGGAUAAAAUCGAACACCAGCAAGAAACGAAAAGUCUCCCUGCUCUUUGACCAUCUGGAACCAGAAGAGCUCUCCGAGCACCUUACCUACCUGGAGUUCAAGUCCUUCCGGAGGAUAUCUUUCUCCGAUUAUCAGAAUUACCUCGUGAAUAGCUGCGUGAAGGAGAACCCUACCAUGGAGCGGUCCAUUGCCCUGUGUAACGGCAUCUCCCAGUGGGUACAACUGAUGGUUCUCAGCCGCCCCACCCCCCAGCUCCGAGCUGAAGUCUUCAUCAAGUUCAUCCAGGUGGCUCAGAAGCUCCACCAACUACAGAACUUCAAUACGUUGAUGGCUGUGAUAGGAGGGCUCUGUCACAGCUCAAUCUCCAGGCUCAAGGAGACAAGUUCACAUGUCCCGCAUGAAAUCAAUAAGGUUCUGGGUGAGAUGACCGAGCUGCUGUCCUCCUGCAGAAACUAUGACAACUACCGGCGUGCCUACGGGGAGUGCACCCACUUCAAGAUCCCCAUCCUGGGGGUACACCUCAAGGACCUCAUCUCCCUGUAUGAAGCCAUGCCCGACUAUCUGGAGGAGGGGAAGGUGAACGUCCACAAGCUGCUGGCCCUUUACAAUCAUAUCAAUGAACUGGUCCAGCUGCAAGAGGUGGCCCCACCCCUGGAGGCCAACAAGGACCUGGUGCACCUGCUGACGUUAUCCCUAGAUCUCUACUACACUGAAGACGAAAUCUACGAGCUUUCUUAUGCCCGGGAACCCAGGAACCACAAAGCCCCACCACUAACACCUUCAAAGCCACCAGUAGUUGUGGACUGGGCCUCUGGAGUAUCUCCCAAACCUGAUCCAAAGACCAUAAGCAAACAUGUCCAGAGGAUGGUGGAUUCUGUAUUCAAGAACUAUGAUCAUGACCAGGAUGGAUACAUUUCCCAGGAAGAAUUUGAAAAGAUUGCUGCGAGUUUUCCAUUUUCCUUCUGUGUGAUGGACAAAGACAGGGAAGGUCUCAUCAGCAGAGAAGAGAUCACUGCCUACUUCAUGAGGGCCAGCUCCAUCUACUCCAAGCUGGGCCUGGGCUUUCCUCACAACUUCCAAGAGACAACCUACCUGAAGCCCACUUUCUGUGACAACUGUGCUGGAUUUCUCUGGGGAGUGAUCAAACAAGGGUAUCGGUGUAAAGACUGCGGGAUGAACUGCCACAAACAAUGCAAAGACCUGGUUGUGUUCGAGUGCAAGAAGCGAGCCAAGAACUCAACAGCUCCCACAGAGAACAGCACCUCUGUGGGGCCAACGUCCAACCUUUGCUCGUUGGGAGCCAAAGAUCUGCACCAUGAGUUCCAUUUCACCUGUGGACACCACAACUCUGUCACACACAAUGCAGACUUUCUUGGGAGAAAAGUGGCAGAGAGCACCAUGAAGGUCUGCGGCCUCAGAGUGAAGCCUGGAAAGGGGCUGCACCUAGAGGUUUCUCUUCUCCAGACCAUCUCUCCCCAGUCCCCAGAGCUUUGCCCAAUAGUGACAAGAGGAGGACUGCCAGGAAGUAGACUAAUAGCACCAGAGGAAGGACCUUUCACAUUCCCUAAUGGGGAGGCUGUGGAACACAAUGAGGAAAGUAAGGAUCGGACCAUCAUGCUCAUGGGAGUGUCCUCACAGAAGAUUUCUGUUCGGUUGAAGAGGACUGUUGCCCACAAGGCCACCCAGACCGAAGCACUGUCUUGGCUUGGCAGUGAGGGCCCUUCCAGUCACUUUGUGCUAGCUUCCCCAAGGAAGACGGCCCAGGAUACUCUGUAUGUACUUCCCAGCACUACAUCUCCAUGUCCCAGCCCAGUCUUGGUCAGAAAGCGGGCUUUUGUCAAGUGGGAGAAUAAAGAAUCCCUCAUAAAAUCAAAGGAGGAGCUCCGUCACCUCAGACUCCCAACCUACCAAGAGCUGGAACAGGAAAUAAACACCCUGAAGGCAGAUAAUAAUGCUCUAAAGAUCCAACUGAAAUAUGCACAGAAGAAGAUAGAAACCCUCCAGCUUGCAAGAAGCAAUCAUGUCUUGGCUCAGAUGGAGCAGGGUGACUGUUCUUAGCCCAGAAACUCAAGCAGCACAAACUGCAGAGUGUAUCAGAGAUCUCAUUUCCUAAACCUCUUAACACAAAGACCUGGGAAACCUUAGACUGACUGGCUUUCAAAAGGGUACUUUAAAGAAGGAAAGCUGGUUACUCUUUUGUUACUUAAAAGAUUCCAACUGUGCGGUAUGGUUUUUCUCUUCCAGCCAGUUGAAUCAAAGGGAGGAAAGCUGAAGAAUGCAAAGUAUUUGCCAUUCAUACCAGAAUUCCGCCCCCCCCCCCCCCCGGGACUAAUAUCAAAAGCAUGAUAAAAAACAUGACUAUAGUUUUCUGACAAGAUAGCUUCUAUGUGGCCUGCCCAGCUGCUUCUUCCUUAGAACUAAAAUCCCUGGAAAAUGAGUUUGUUUCCUUCCCGUUUUUUCCUGAGGCAUUUAUUUUGUUCCAUCCAAAGCUUGCUUAUAGUGGAAAAAUACUCACAUUCCAAAAGUAGAAUCGCUUCCUCUAUAUUUCAGCAUUCUUUACAAAUCUGGUUCCCACUUCACUACCUCAGAUCUAAUCAAUUUGCCUUUUCCCCUUCUUCCUCACUACGUUCUUACACACAUGAGGAUAUAUCUACCUAGAAGAGAACUUCUAGAGAUGUAGCCAUAAAUUUGGGGAGAGCAGGAAGGGACUAUUAAACAACAUGACAUCAUCCAAUUACAGGUCAACUCAUAGUUUUAGUCUGAGUCAUAAAAGAAGUAGCCAAGUUAAGUACCUGGAAAUGUGGCUAUUAGCACCUUACACAUGGCUGGCUAAUUAGCUAAAACAUAACGCAAACAUGAUGUUUGUCCCUCAUAUAAUCUACACUGGAUAGAAUGAAGAAUUUAUGGCUUUUUAAAAAUGUUUAACUCUCAUAUGCCAUCCUAUUUUUUUUUUUCUUGAAGUUUCUGAACUGAAUUUGUGCUUGUACUGUCUUCACUAUUAAUACUAUUUAGAAGUAAGCUAAUUGGAUCAGAGGCUUCAAUAACAGCUGACAGCAUGUACAUAUGUACAUAUUAUGUAUAUACAACAUCAGUCAUGCAUGUGGCUUGGAAUUCUGUUUCUUCCUUAGUAAAAUGCGUGAGUUAAACGACUUUUGGUCAUGUACACAAAUUCACGAAGUUCAGUUUGUUACAAGAUCAAGAAAUUGCUCAGAAUGUAAGUUGUAUUGUUUGGCAAAAUCACAAGAGUCCUGUGAGUCUUCUGUUAAUGAAGGUUAAUGAUAAAUGGGCUCAUUUAAUUAUCUGGGCAACUAUUCACAAACUUCUUUGUCAGACUCUUUAUUUCUCUAAAAAAAAUUCAUAUGAUCAUUUUCUUUUGGUGGGGAGAACUUACCUUCCAUGCUUGGAAAGCCUGACACCAAGCUGACUUAAAGUUCAUACACAAGUUGACCAACUGCCAAGCAUAUAAUCUCAGCAACCAAAAGUUCCAAACCUAAAGCCAACAACACCAAGUCUUAAUCAGAAACAAAUUAUAUAUAUAGUAUAAGCUUCCUUGGCGAAUUCAUAUCAUUUAAGAAGUUUCUUUGAUGAAAGACCAGUUCCCAUUUGCAUACCUCCUUGUACUGAACUGAGCUUUAGUGAAAAAGCUAGUGACUAGCUUUCAGUUAGUGUUUUAAGGAAUCACUUUACACACAAAUCUACCUUUUUCUAAAUCCAAACUCAGAAAUCCCCAUGGCAGGGCUGCUUAGGUCCACCACUUGGUAUAUAAUCCUAUAAGAAGUACUUUGCUACUUACUUACCUUAUGUGGAACAAACAUGAGUUUAUAAUCAUCCUUAAAAUUCACAUUCUUCACCUAUUCUUUUCCUCUGACCAAAGACGGUACAAUGCAAUUUCUUUAAGCAUAGUUAUGAAACACAAUUAAAUUUUUUUCAUUCUUCUUACCCAGGAUCCAAAAUACAGAGCCCAGGUUAGUUUCUAUGUAAAUAAUUUGUGAUCUAGAGGAAUUCAAAAGGUCACAGUCUCCUUAAUUAGUCAAAUUAACAUGGCUAGAAAGUCUCAAGCAUUCCAGAAUUUAUCACUGAAAUGGAUAGGAAGCAGUAGUUUCACCACAAGUCGUUACAGUUCAGCAAUGGCCAAAUAAGUAUAGUGUAUAAAUUAAUAUUAUUUGCUCUGAACUACAUGGGAUUAAUGAAAUCUACAGAAAUAAUAUGAAACAAAUUUUUUGUUCGUCAAGCCUAGGAUACAAAUUUGUGUCUUGUAUCAACUUGAAAUAAGUUUGGGCAUAUAUUUAUCUGCUGAAACAAGGACAAAUCUUGUUAACAACAGUGUCAUUUCUUAUUUUCUUUGGUAAUUGAUUUGCUGUUUUACUGGCCAAAUGUGAAUUCUGUUUAAAGAUGUAUAAUGUAAAAGAACUGCAAGGAAAAAACAAAUGUACAGAUUGUAAAGGUGGGUUUUUUUUGAUACCUAAUGUAAGUUUUCUUUGUGUAAUAUUUGUAUGAUAAAAGACAUUAGGAUCCCUACGG